CCGGCGUUCCAUGGCGACGGCGUCUGCGGCGGCGCAGCCCAAGCCGCAGGAGGCGGAGGCCGCCUGCCUGCAGAGCUUCGAGCUCUACGAGAGCGAGUCGACGUUCUACAUUUUUGGAACUAAUUCUGACAAAACACUAUGGAGAUUACUCAAGAUCGAUAGAUCAGAAACACCAGAACUUGACAUAGACGAGUGUUCUACUGUCUAUACAGAAACUGAAUACCAGGAACUUUUAAAUGAUCUCGAUGAAGACCACAGGUCAACUGGAGGGGUAAAAUUUGUGACAAAAUUUUAUGGCAUCAUUGGUUUCGUUAAGUUCCUUGGGCCAUUUUACAUGUUAAUUAUCACUGAACUGAGAAAAAUUGGGGAGAUAUUUGAUCAUCCAGUGUACCAGGUGACUAAGACUUCAAUGGUUGAGCUAGCAAAUUCUAAAUCUCGAUCCAGUUUUCUAAGUUCCAAGGAUGAGAACAGAUACAAGAAGAUUUUAAACACACUUGAUCUUAGAAAGGAUUUCUUUUUCUGUUACUCAUAUCCUAUCAUGAGAAGUCUUCAGAAGAAUUUAACUGAUCCUCAAGAAGGGUGGUUAUUAUAUGAGUCAACUUUUGUGUGGAAUGAGUUUCUUACACGGCGAAUACGCAAUUGUCUGAGAAGUACUCUGUGGACCGUUGCAUUAGUCUAUGGUUUUUUUAAGCAGGACAAAUUUGCUAUAUCUGGGAAGGAUGUUAUGUUCACGCUAAUUGCUAGGCGCUCAAGACAUUAUGCUGGCACCAGAUAUUUAAAGAGGGGAGUGAAUAAGAAGGGCCGGGUAGCAAAUGAUGUUGAGACUGAGCAAAUUGUUUACGAAGCUGUGACUAGGCCUACAGAAGUAAGUUCUGUCGUGCAGAACAGGGGUUCGAUCCCACUAUUCUGGUCACAGGAUACAUCAAAGUUACAUAUUAAACCUGAUAUCACAUUGCAUGCUGAGAAGGACAAAAAUUAUGAAGCUACCAAGCUUCAUUUCGAAAAUCUUAGAAAAAGAUAUGGCAACCCUAUCAUUAUAUUAAACUUGAUUAAGACACGCGAAAGACGGGAGUCAAUACUUCGUCGGGAAUUUGAUAAGGCGAUACGGAUCAUAAACGAAUUUGAUUCAGAGGAGAACCAUCUGCGGUUCUUACAUUGGGAUCUUCAUAAAAACUCUCAAGGAAAACCUACAAAUGUCCUUGAUGUUCUUUUGAAAGUGGCAUUUCGGGCUCUGAGGUUGACGGAGUUUUUCUAUUGUCAAGUUGCACCACCUUCAGAGUCUGAGACUGCUCACUGGCCUGCCCUAUUGAACAGCCACGAUCCAUAUUGCUGUGAUGAGAGUAAUAGUGACAUAUCCCAAGAAGAUAUUUCAGGCAGUUCUGAUUCCUCUGGCAAUGGAACUGCAGAAGACAAACCUGAAACCAGUGAAUUACCCCAACUAAAACCACCGAUAUUCCAAAAAGGUGUCUUGCGGACAAACUGUAUAGACUGCUUGGAUCGUACAAAUGUUGCUCAGUAUGCAUAUGGUUUAGCUGCGCUUGGACAUCAGUUGCAUGCACUUGGUUGUGUAGAAUCCCCAGAACUUGGUUUAGGUGCUCCUUUGGCUCAUCAUUUAAUGCACUUCUAUGAGAGGAUGGGCGACACACUUGCUGUACAGUAUAGCGGGUCGGCUGCUCAUAAUAAGAUAUUCUCUGCAAAGAGGGGCCACUUGAAGCUUUUUAUACGAUCACAAGAGUUCUUCAGAACACUACAACGACACUACAGCAAUGCCUGUAUCGAUGCUAACAAACAGGCAGCCAUAAACUUAUUUUUGGGGUACUUCCAACCGGAGCAGGGAAAUCCUGCACUCUGGGAGCUAGAAUCAUCUUCUGAGGAACAUAACAAUGAACCGUUGGAUCAUACAGGUGACAAUCCAAUACCAAAAGUGAAAUCAGAGGGCAGCCUUCUUUGUGUAAGCAAUGCAUCUAUAUCUGGCGGAAGUAAUGAAUUGUUGAAUGGAGCACAACCUGAUGUCAUUAAUGAGUUACAACCUUCAAAAAUGGAGUCUGAUUUGGUGGACGAAAAUGAGAUUUCACAACCAUUUGAAAGUGAGGUGUCAAAUUUGAGAUAUACCCCAACAGUGUCUGAUAAUCAUAUACAUCAUGUCCCAGACAGUCAAUUUGAUUAUUGCAAUGGUUCGGGUGAUUCAAACUUCCUGGAUCCUGAAUGGCUUUCAAAUUCAGGCAAUUCAAGCGAUGAAAGGUCAAUUGCAAUUAGCUCGCCAGAUGCCCACCGUUCAACUGAGAAUGUCAUUAGUGCCAUAACUCCUGGGACCAUGGAAAACCAAGUUGCUGAGGUUCAGAAUUUGCCCCAGCAUUUUGUGCAGUGGGUUAACGAUGGUGACACUUUCUGGUUUUGA